AACUCUCAGUGUUUCUGUGGCUCUCUCUCGCUCUUUUUACCGAACAUCCACUCAGUAGCUUUCCUUUUACAACCACAUCGCUUUCUGGUCCACUCCAUCCUUGGCCUUACGAUUCCUGAAGUUAGGAACGCCACAUCUUUCCUCCUGCAACCCCUGGACUCUCUUUCUUGCAUAGCCUCAGAAUUCCACUCCACACACGGAAGCCAUUCCACACCAGAAAGAUACGCUUGCCAGCCUGCUCGAGCUCUAGCAACCAGUAUCCCGCCUCCACCGUACGUAGCGCCCGUACGUGUGGCUCCUCUCAGGGCCUGCAGAAGUAGACCUGCUACCUUCUAAAAACUUUUCCGAAGCUUUGAGCAUCGGCAGCCAUGCCGAAGCCGUGUGAUGCCUGUCAAAGCGUCACGGCAUUGCUCUACUGCCGAGCAGAUUCCGCCUAUCUAUGCGCCGCCUGCGACGGCAAGAUCCAUGGCGCGAACAAGCUCGCCUCGCGACACGAGCGAGUCUGGGUGUGCGAAGUCUGCGAAAUGGCUCCCGCUGCGGUGACCUGCAAAGCGGACGCCGCGGCGCUCUGCACGACGUGCGACGCCGACAUCCACAACGCGAACCCGCUCGCGCAACGCCACGACCGAAUCCCCGUCGUCCCUUUCUACGAAAGCCCCUCCAUGGUCAAAGUCGCUCAUAUUCAAUCCGCCGUAAACGGAAUCGUUCUCCCGGGAUCCGAUCUGCUGCACGCCGCCAGCGGGGAACACGGGCUCAAAGGGCUUGGCCUACAUUUAUCGGAGCGAAACGACGCUCAUCUUGGACAUGGCCACCAUCACGGUAACGAGGAAGACUGUGAAGAGGUCACAACGGGGGAUACAGCGAGCUGGUUGCUCAACCAGUCCAUCAGUCCCGCUGCCGCCGCCGCCGCCGCUGCCGCCGCCGCCGCUAGUCGGCUCGGCAGCACCAGCGACCCGCUGGCAGCUCUCCCGUUCUCCAACAUCGGUAUCUAUCCCCCGCCUAUCGGUCUCAACCCGUCCUCGCUCUUCCCCCACCCCAACACCCUUUCGCUUAUGAUGAAACCCCCUACUCCCGUCCCCUCGAAUGCCACCGCCGCCACCGCCGCCACUGCCGCCGCCGCCGCCGCAGCCGCGGCCACCACGAGUGUGCUCCCGCAGUCUCGGCUCAUGAAAGGAGGGGCCGCGGAGGGGGUGGCAGGAGCAUCAGGAGCCGGAGCAGAUAUGUUGUUCGACGUCGAUCCGUUCUUGAACCUCGAAACGUUUAUGGCGGCUCACGGUCACAAUCAGAGCGUCGGUCACAGCCACCACAGUCUGGGCCACGCUCACCUUGCCGCGGCCGGGGGUCUGCCGACCAGUGCGCAGCUACUGCAGAGCCUAGCAGCCGGGGCUGGCUUAGGUUCGGCAGGGCUAGAUCCGGCAGGCUUGGGAGCCGCGGGUUUCGGUUCGGCGGGGGGGAUCGCGAGGAUCGCGAAGGAUAGCAUGGUUCCGGUUCACUCGACGGACGUGCGUCAAUGCUCGCCGUCCGUUUCUAACGGGUCUUCGUUCGAGAACCGCGCGCUAAGAGCGCUACCGCACGCGACUCCGGGGACCUCUGCAAGUUUGUCACCAUCCGCCAUCGAUAAUGGAGUCGUACCAGACGUGCCGGGUCGGCCUAACCCGCACGACGGGAGUAUAGCUUUACCGUUCGACGCAGUUGCACACGGAGCGGUGGGCUCGAUGCCUGGUAACAACAGCCCGAUUGUGGCGAUGGCUCGCGAAGCUCGCGUGAUGCGAUAUCGCGAGAAGCGAAAGAACCGCAAGUUCGAGAAGACCAUUCGUUACGCGUCGCGAAAGGCGUAUGCCGAGAGCCGACCCAGAGUAAAGGGUCGUUUCGCCAAAAGGACCAACAAUACCGAGGAAGCUUCUACAGUGGAGUUUUCUGCAGCAACCACCGAGUCCAGCUUCGGAAUGGUUGUUGCUUUCUCUUGAUGCGCAAGUGUAGCUAAUUUCACUAAAGCUCACCAUGACAUGAAUGAUAAUUCAUGAAUACCAUGGUCCUGCUGAUUUAUUGGAGUUGAUCUCUUGACCCACAUUGGAGUUGCAAAUGCAGCUAGCAUGACCGGUAUGACCCUUGGUUUUGCCAAGGAUUUUAUAUAGAAAAGUCAUUUUUGUAUUAUUGAU